AUGUUUUUUCCUCAAGAGUCUGUGCAGUCAGUCGCCCUGUUAGAUGUGCAGCAGAGAGAGUUGCAUACAGUCGACGAGGGCCAGAUUGUUGGUCACAGUGAAGUGACAGGGAAGGAUGUUAUGAGAUGUACGCUGUCAUCGUGUGACGAGCAUGUGUUGAGUGAUGUCUAGGUAGAGCAGAGCAGUCACUGUCUCGGUCUGGUUGGCAUACAGUGUAUCGUCUCAUUUACCCUGAUUGUUGUGCACUGUAAAGGGAUAUCAGGGGAGCUUCAAUUUCACCAAAAAACUGACUUUCAAGAUGAACGUUUACUGGAUACCCACAAUCCUCCUCUCCCUUUGCCUCUCCAGUGCUGCCAACAUGAUAAGCUCCCACAACUGUAAAGACAAGCUCAGAACGUUCCAUGUGGUCCGUGUGUCUGUCAACGGCACUGCAUCGGUCAGCUGCCCCAACCUGACAGGCAAGGACCAGGAGGAAAUGAGAUUCCACCUUUACUUGGGCUUGGUCGAGGUUGGCAACCACACUCACGACAGUGCUCACAACCACAACUUCACAGAGACCGUGAGUCCUGUUGGGGAGGGUCUGGGGCUGAGGGUGAACGAACAGGACCAUACGGUCAGUUUUGUCCUCUCUGGAAUGACCACGGAGCGCGCUGGGGUCUAUACCUGUGAGGGGCAACCCAUGUACCCACCUCCCAUUGAGAAAGUACAAGAUGAGACUCAGACUGUGGUCCUGGUUGAAGCAUACCAGUGCCAGGCAGGAAAGACUGUGGGAUGUGUAGGCUCUAGAGUGGAUGGUGUCCCUGUUUGGGCAUGGGUGCUGGGGUUCUGGAUCACCAUCAUCUAUGGCCUGGCUGUCACUGUCAUCGCCUUUGUCAUCUGGCUCAGACUGAAGAGAGUGAAGUGUUCCCAGAGCGACUACAUGAACAUCAAACCCAAAGCUCCACUCAGGGGGCCCAGGAAGAAGCAGGGGGUACAGCAUCCAAUCCGAAUGGGACGAUACUGAUCACUCAUCCUCAGACAAAAGCAACACGAAAGUCAAGCCUUUAUUGGCCCUUGAGGGCUGACUGGAGAAACAGAAAGUUCUUUAUGUAAAUACAAAAGCUAGCUCUUCAAAUUAUGUGGUGUACAUCUAAUUGUUCAUCUGAUUGUGUGUAAAUAAAGAGAGUUAUCUUAGAAAUGUGAAUCAAAUAAUUAUAGUCUGAUGUAAUAUGAUCUUCUGGGAAACUAUUGAGAAUGUAGUUUUGAAGUUGUGGGCAGCAUACUAUAUAAGAAAAUAUCCCCAUGCAUACUGUAGAGAACGAACACAUGCCAACACACACAAUUUGGUUAUGCGUACAGUUACAGGGAUAUCCUCUUUGAUUUGUAGUGGGUGUGUAGGAAGACCCUAGCUCUGUGGUGAAUGGGUCUCACAGGAAACAGUGGUUCCCGAAUAUGAGGGGACUGAACCUCAUUUUCACACACUCUCUCUGAGAGCCACUGAUUGUCAUGUACAGUAUAUGUAUCAAAAUAAGGGACUAUCUUACAUUGAAACAGGCAUACUGAAUUAUUAAAUCCCUGCUUGUCCUUUUAUAAUGGACUAAUUCUUUGUUACUGUACUUAAUUUGUAAAAAGUUUUUUACACCUUUAUUUAACUAGGCAAGUCAGUUAAGAACAAAUUCUUAUUUUCAAUGACGGCCUAGGAACAGUGGGUUAACUGCCUGUUCAGGGGCAGAACGACAGAUUUGUACCUUGUCAGCUCGAGGAUUUGAACUUGCAACCUUCCGGUUACUAGUCCAACGCUCUAACCACUAGGCUACCCUGCUGGUGGUUCUGGUGGUUCAAAUCGAGCAUUCCCCAGCUACAGGCCUCUCUCAACUGUUUCAGUGUAUUGCAAUAUUGUCACAACUUCCGCUGAAGUCGGUCCCUCUCCUUGUUCGGGCAGUGUUCGGUGGUCGAGGUCACCGACCUUCUAGCCAUCAUUGAUCCAUUUUUCAUUUUCCAUUGGUUUUGUCUUGUCUUCCUACACACCUGGUUCCAAUCCCAUCAAUCAAUUUCUAUUUAACCUUCUGUUUGUCCUUGUCGGAGAUUGUUUGUUGUAUGUAGGUGUUUAUUGUUAUUCUGGUGUGCGAUGGUUUUUGCACCCUCUAUUUGUUAUUUUGUUUACUUUGGUUUUUGGAGGUUUUGAUGUUUAUUAAACAGCUCCGUUUUUACCAAG